AUGGAUUUCCAUCCCAGCGAGCGUCCAUCCGAGGGCGAUCUCUUCGAAUUCGAGCGAUUCGAUAAGGGCUAUGAUGCGGAGGAUAUAUGCUGUGUUAUCUGUGGUGCCCCAAGCUUUAUCAAGGUGGUGGAAGCAGAAGUGCGAGACAAGAAUCUUGAGAGGUACAAGUGGUUUGUACCGCAGGCCAUCCGAGCUGAAAAUUAUCAUUAUGAGAAAGAUUGGGAUAUUGCGAGCCUGCCAAAUCAUGAUCUACCACUAGAAGUACUCGGGAUAGAUGGGUGCAUUCCAAGUAUCCCCUCGGACGCAACGGCUCGUUUAACCCGCGUCGUGUAG